AGUUUAAGAUUUUUGGUGUUUUUUUUUGUUUAGUAACCUGUGUUUUCAUGAAGACUGUGUUUGUCUGAGGCAACAUAUGCCGGGUCCGGCAGAGUUCUUGGUUUUUGAAACUGAAGUUAUGCCGGUUCCGGCAUAAAGUUAUGCCUGUUCCGGCAUAACUUCAUGAAUUAAGUUAAUUUAUGUGUGUCUUGGUUUUUUGGUGUUGUCUUGUUAAUAAUUUUGGUUUUUAUGCAAUCUUAUGUGUUUUUGGUGUUGUUUUGUUAAUAAUGUUGGCUUUUUAUGCAAUCUUAUGUGUUUUGGUUCUUUCUUCUAUUAUGCAGGUAUUUGUGUACCAGUCUAGGGGCUGAUUUUUUAUUAUGGUAUAUGUUAAUUAUUUUCAUUCUCAUUUUUGGUUUAUUCUUAUGUAAAUUCUUGGUUUCUGUUGACAUUAAUUUUUCUUUUAUAGGAGGAACAUCCCUUGGUUAAGUUUGAACACUAGGUUGAAGGAGGUGGCAUGUGGAGUGGUGAUUUUCAUUUUCGGAGUUUGAUUUUGUCCUUUUUGAGUGUCUCUCAAUUGGACUUGUUGAAAAAGGGUGUGUUUGGACAGUUUAUGGAUUUGGUUGAUGUCCACCUGAGUGAUAGUAUUUUCCAUUGCUUGAUCUUAUCGCAACUUUCAUCUAGUAAUGAUAGUGCGUUAAAGUUUAAGAUAUUUGAUCGCGUGUGUGUAUUUGAUUCCGAGUCUUUCCGUCUUAUUACUGGUUUGGAUUCUUGUGUUGGCGAUUUUAGUGUUGUGUCUAGCAGACCAAAUAGAUUGUUGAGACUUUAUUUUCCAAAUCAUGAUAGAAUAAGGUUGUGUGAUCUCAAGAGUUUCUUACAGAUCAAGUCAAGUAAUCGUACUGGUGGUUUUUGGGAAAGAUCUAGUGAUCCUGUUAGACUUGCUGAGGUCUAUAUAAUGGAGAGGGUUUUGUUGGGUCGUAAUGAGAAAUGUGUUGUUAAAGGUCAUCUAAUGAAGAUAAUUGAUGAUGACAGUCUUCGAGUGUCUUAUCCUUGGGGUUCUCUUAGUUUUAAUUGGUUGGUACGGUCGAUUCGUGGUUGUGUGAAGACUUUCAAGAGCAUGCCAUCUACACGUUAUAUGAUUAGUGGUUUCCCUUACGCUUUAAAUGUGUGGCUGUUGGAGGUUUUCCCUAUCUUUCGAGGGUUUUCAAGUUUUCAUGGUCUGAAGUCUCCUCGUAUGUUGUCUUGGGGUCCUUCAAAGCAAGUUGAUUAUAAAGUUAUUACUGAUAAUUUCUUCCAUGCUGAAAAAAGAUUCAAGAAAUUUAUUGUCCAUGCUGUUGUUGUUGGUACGGAACAAGAGAUCUUUGGAUUAUCCGAUUGCACUUAAAUUUCCUGAUGAUUCAGGCCCUUGUUCUUCCCGUGCGGUUUUGCCAUCUCAAGUUACUUCUCAGAUAGUUAAUGGUGUUUUGUCUAGUGUGAAGAAUCAACUUGAUGAUGAACGAUCUACAAUUGUCAAUCAAGUAAAGUUUGAAAAGGAAUUUGUGAAAGAAAAUGAAGACCGCGCAAAAAAAGAAGCACUUAAAGAAAUUGCUGCAAUUAAUAAUGCUUUUCAAUGCGGAGAUUAUGUGUUUUCUUCUAAUGAAGCAUCACAAAAUGUAAAUGAAGUAGCAGCUGCUGUUGAAGAUAGUAGAAAACGUCCGAGAUGCGAAGAUGGAAACAAAGAAGAUGAUGGUUAUCCUAAUUGGUGUUUGCUUACACCAAGCAGUACUCCAGUUGAGAAACGGUUGAGUUCUGCUGUUGAAGAUAUAUACUGUACUGCAGAAGAGUUAGGAAAGUGAAUUGAUUUUUUUGUUGUUAUUUACGGCAAGUGUUAUGUUAUUGUGUUUCCCCCUUUUUCGAAUGAUGUAUAUGUAAAUUGGUCUUUCAUUUCUGUACAUAUAAUGAAGUUUCACUUUUUCAAA